AUGGUGGGCUGGGAGCGCGUCGCACGUCGCACGUCGCAAGUCGGUGUGGUCGCACGACGGGCGGCCAUACUGUCGUUCCCCGCAGCCUUCUCGCCCACGGACACGCCCCACCCGGCGGUUGAACAUGCGACUCGGCUCUGCGCAUCCUAUUUCUACACGACAGACACGUCUCCUGCAUGCCGCGCACUGCCGUCUGGAACAUACUGGGACGACAUCUACCGCGCCAUGCCGCGCAAUCUACACCCUCACCUGCAAUUGAAGCGGGGCCGGGACACCGAGGACUAUGACAUCGACCCAGACGACCUCAUCGAACCUCUUCCAGACCGUCACCACGACCCACAAUCGCAAGCGGCGAAACGACGGAGAGUAGAGGCAAUCGCACUGCAGUGCUAUCGCGGGCGCCCACCGUUCAUACUGUCAGCAGGCCUGAGGGGACCCUUCGACAAAAGCUGGAAGAAUCCCUGGGCGGAGGAAGGUCAAAAUGUGGAGAGAAGGCAGAGUUCGAAUGCUGGGACGUUGUCGAACAAGACCAGGGGUGCAGUCGAGAGAAAGAUUAGGUCUCGUGACAAGCAGGCAGGUGCAUCGAAGGCAGUCACGCAGAACUUGGCAGUACCGGCGGCAAGGGGCGCAAAAAGGAUGUCCAAGGCGUCACAGACCACGUCCCCUGAGGCGUCCAGGGCUGCCGCAGACGAUCUGGAAUACCACGAGCAGACACACAGCUUCGAUGACUUGGAAGUCCCACCCGCAACGGCCCCUACUCCGGAAGACGACGUUACACCCAAUGCACAAAAUUACUUCAGCGCCAGCACUACAGCAUAUAUACAAAGCCGAUCACCACUGACCAACCCCUUCUGGUUGCGACGUCCUGCCUCGCAAAGCAGAGUCGAUGCUAAUCAACCUACAAGCAGUACGACAGAUGCAUCGCCAACGCACUUACGAAGCGGAGGCGUGCAGCUCAGUCUUGGACAAGAGCGCUACCUCGCUCUCCCAAAGGCACCGCUAUAUCACCAACGGCCCUCUGCAGACGAAGUUGUGCCGGAACACUGGAGAUCCAGCGCCUCAGCAUCCAUGAUCAUCUCAUCGCCUGUGACGCAAAUCACAAGCCAUACGGACCGCGCAUCGACUCUGAAUAUCACACCGUCUGUGCAACCGGCGCAGGACGUUGGUCUCGUUAGCUCGACUCAUGAUGAUAUAUCGAGCUCUGCGCGACACCGAGCAGACUCUGCUCAAGAUGAGGACAACACGCUGUCUCGCCAUAGCCAGGGUACGCAACAUGCCCAAGCGGUGGCAUCUUGUCAGACACCUGCUACGAUGCAAUCUAACCCAAGCACGCUCUCGCAACAGAUGCACGAUACAGAUAGUGUUCAAAUGCUUGUCCCAGCUACUGUCUACAGAACAUCGACAUCGGUACAAUCCGUAGAACGACUUGUCGAGACAGCGUCAUCAUCUUGUGCGUCAGCAAAACGCGAGCAGCAACGAGUCAGUCGCAGAUCCUCACAGAACCGACCCUCGCAUGUAUCCGUGAAAGAUAGUCCUGUGGCCUCAUCAGCGCUGGCUUCAUCAACUGGUUUCAUGUACAGGAAGAUUGGAGACCCGAAAGCGAAGAGCAACAACGCGUCGAGACCAAAGCCAAGAGCCAUAAACUUCAGCUCAUCGCCUGUCUCGACCAAGGAUACCCGUGCGUCGACAAAACGAAGUCCACAAAAGAUGGGCUCCAUCCAGGAGACUGGAAUCAUUGAGCAGAACGCAAGUGUGGCUAUCAAUGAUCCUGAAGUCGAAGAAGUCGGAAAUAUAGACAACAAUGGCUCAGAAGAAGGACAAGAACAACAGUUCAGUCAUUCCAGUCGAGCUUCAGUAUACUCGACUCAGGCUGCCAUGUUGCUCGCACAGCUCGAAUUUCAAGAGGGGACAUUUCCUACCAUGUCAUCCGAGUCUCCUCAGCCUUGGACGCAACCUCAGGAUGAUACGCCACGGCCCAAACUACUCGAACCGAGUUUUGCGAUCACGCCUCUCUCUGACUUUAAGGCUCCGCUGGAUAAAUCUCGUCCGCCAGAAAGCGUGUUUCGCGGCCCUCCCAUCAGCACGCAAGAUUUGUUCUCUGCCGCUUCGCCAUUCGCGUUCAGCACAGCCAAGAAGAAGAGCGAGCGGCCUCAGCAAAGCAGCUUGAGAUUUGCCCUGCUGUCGCAACAUGGCGAAGAGUCAAGAGAGGGCGGUUCACCUGCUAAAAGCCCUACACCAGCUGCUGAUCGGAUUCCACUGAAAGAAAAGAAUACUACCAUGCUGUUCUGGAGCUGCGCGACCAAGAAAGCUUCGCAGGUCUCGCACGAAUCUUCGGCGAAAGAUUCGAGAAGAUCGAUCAGUGAUGUAAAGUUGCCUCGCCUGGAUUUCCACACGUCGCUGGAUGAUUAUGGGCAUGACGGCGAAGUACAUUUCACAGAUCGGCUUUUGCGAAACAUGAACGACACCUGA